AUGACAGUUGGUGGCAACAUGCUGAUAAUUGCACUGUUUCUGCAAAUGCAACACCUCCAUACCCCCAUGUAUUAUUUCCUCAGUCAUCUCUCUUUAACUGACAUCUGUCUGUCUACAAGUGUGGUCCCCAACAUGCUCUGCACCCUGUUAGGAGAUGGAGAAGCCAUGCCUAUCUCUGGCUGUGUUACCCAGCUAUUUGCUGCUGGUUCCUUCACUGCAGCCGAGUGUUUUAUACUCACUAUAAUGUCAUACGAUCGAUACCUGGCCAUCUGUAAUCCACUCAACUAUAUCACCAUUAUGGCUCACUAUCUCCGUGUUGGUUUGGUUACAUUGGCUUGGUUUCUCAGUUUACUUUUCUGCCUGAUUAUGAUUAUUCCCAUGUAUCAUUUGAAUUUCUGUGGGUGCAACAUCAUGGACUAUAUUUAUUGUGAUUUUGCCCCUCUUAUGGAAAUGUCCUGUGAAAGUGCUUCCAUUCUGGAAAUAAUGUCCACUGUCAUAGCCAUUCCUACCUGCCUCCUUCCCCUUGUGUUUAUAAUAUUCACAUACAGCAGCAUUUUCUUCUCCAUCCUCAGAAUUUCCACCAGCAGUGGGAGGCAGAAAGCCUUCUCCACCUGUAGCUCCCACCUCCUAGUUGUCUGCACGUUUUACAUGAUAUUAAUAGCUAAAUAUAUGGUGCCAACAAGAAGACAGUCAAUGAAUAUAAACAAAGUGGUUUCCCUGCUCUACACUGCGGUCACACCUUUACUCAACCCAAUCAUAUACAGUCUACGAAACAAGGAGAUCCGGACAGCUGUAAGGAAACUCAAUUCUAUUUGGAUUAGCAGGGACCUCAUCCUCCUCUUCCUCAUUAAGGAAAGCUUCCUCAAGCUCUGA